GCUGUGUUUUUAUUUUUGAGACUAUUGAUUGCUAUUGAUUGGCGCCGUGAAUUCUUGCGUUUCAUUUAUAUUAUUAAGCUUUAAUCGAAUUAAUAUACAUCCCUAGGCAGUAUAUACCAUGCAGGCUUUGUAAUUUGUAUUCUCAUUUAUUUUCUCGCCCACCUUGCCUGCAGCCAAAUCUGUUUGCCCAAGAAACUUUGGCUCUGAGUAUUGCAGUCAUUACAAGAAGAAUAUCUCAAUAAAUCAUGAGUAAAAACAACACAUUCAAGUAUUUUGCUUAUGGAAGUAAUCUUCUGAAGGAGAGGAUUCACAUAAACAAUCCAUCAGCUAAGAAAGUUGCCAUUGGAAAGGUGGAUGUAAGUACAUUAGGGCUAUCGUCUUGACUUCAACUAUUACAGCAAGCGCUGGAAAGGGGCAGCAGCCACCAUUGAAGAAGAUUGUGAUAAGCAUGUUUGGGGAGUCAUUUGGGAACUUGAUGAAGAACACCUGAAGACACUUGAUGAACAGGAGGGCGUCCAGCAGGGCAUCUACCGGCCGGUGACGGUGACGGCCGAGACGCCGGCCGGCCAGCGGCUGCGCUGCCGCAGCUACCAGCUGGUGACGCCGCCCGAGCGCGACCGGCGCCCCUCGGCCGUCUACAAGGGCGUCAUCGAGCGGGGCGCCGCCGAGAACCAGCUGCCGGCCGAGUACCGCGCCCGGCUGGCCGCCAUCGAGGACAACGGCUACCGCGGCCAGGUCGAGGUGGCGCUCGACCUCGCCCAGCGGUGAUCGGCAGGGGCGGACAGGUGGGAGUGCUGCUAUAAGUUCAGGUGACACGCUCAGAGAAUACGCGACAUAGGCGACAAUAUUACGGUAACUCGCAUCAGGGGUAUUAUUAGAUCAUAUCGUAUGGGGUGUUUUAACUUAUAUUGUAUUUUACUUGUGCAAUGCCAUCUUGGCUGCCUGUGAAGUGUGAGUGGGUGGUGAGGGGUUGUAUUGAUAUUGAUUGGCCAUUGAAAAUAGUAGGAACCUAAUGAAUAUACCGUUUUUGGUGUCUUCCCAAAAUGAAAUAAUACUCUGCGCUGCUAUCGAUAUUGCUGUAUCCAGGGUCCGCAUCAGGUACCGUUUAUUUUUCAUUCUUAUGUUUUGAAACUUUCGGAGCAUAGAGUUACACAGUAUACCGUGUAGACAAGGUAGCUGAGGCCCCAAUCCAAAGGCGUUCAUCCCAAGAGUGCCUAAUCUUUCGAAAGUGACCCUUCUAAGUUGAUUAAGUAGAUCCGUUAACCAGUCAGACUUUUUUUCGGGCAACACGAAAUUUUUUACCAGCAAAAUAAAGGCGGCUCUUCAUACGGCUCGUAGCUCUGUCGUUUGGACUUCGGAACCACAAGACCAAGACGUAACCGUCAUAUCACCGGCAAUCAUCCAAACAACAUGCUUGGUUUACGUGACUGGCCCCAGGGACGUAGCUAAGGGUGGUGGGGGGGGGGGAAGAGCAAAAAAAUGUGGGCAAACCAAAUCCAAGGCGUUUUCCAUUUUUGGAGGGGGUACGACAUUAGGCCGCGACCCGUGGCCCCUCCCUGAGCAAAAUCCUGGCUACGUGCCGACUGGCUCGCCUCGGUGGGUAGGCAGGGUUGGCAUUCUUCGUCCAACGAUGGCGGGGUAUCCGGUCGCAACUGCGUUGACCUGGAAAACCCGGGUCGGACUAUUGUGUAUUGACGCGUUGUAAGUACCCGGCCCGGCCCCCAUCCGGACUGACGGCUGUGCUGUACGGCGCCCAAAUUUCCGGAUACGAAGCGACGGAGAUGUAAACGCGGGGAUUCCCAUUGUAUAAGCGUCCAGUGCCGUCUGGCCAGUGGUGGGACAUUCCUGCGGCGGCGAUCCCAGUCCGGUCAUAAACAAACCGAGCGGCUGGGCCGGCGCCGGCCGCUGCGCAUUGCAGUGAGGGCGCCCGCCGAGAGAGGACAGCCGCCGCCGUCCGUCGCAAUGUCUCCCGGUCCCGUGCUGCUGCUGCUGGCGGUCGGCGCCGCGUGCGGCCCGGCGGCCGCCUUCGUCAGCCGCCAGACGUCCCAGCAGGUGAACGACGUGCUGACCGAGAAGCUGUUCGCCGUCUCGCGGCUGCUGACCUCCAUCGAGAGCCACGUCAGCCGCCUGGACGAGUGGGACGGCACCGUCGGCGGCGUCCAGUCGCGGCUGGCGGCGCUCGAGGCCGGUCAGCAGCGCGCCGCCGGCCAGCUGGCAGACGCCCUGCAGCGGCUAGAGACUCUCUCGGACAGCGCCGCCGCGGCGCGCUCCGAGCUGGCCGGCCUGGCGGCCGCCCAGGAGGGCACGGCCGGCGCGCUGGCCGCGCUGCGAGACGGCCUGACGCAGAGUGUGGCCGCCGUGUCCGAGUCCGUGUCCGGACUGGCGGGCUCCCAGGCGGUCGAGCACAACCAGACGCGCGGCGCCUGCAGCGCGGCCGGCGGCGCGGCGCUGACGGCGCCUCUGGCCGAGCUGCGCGCCGCCGUCGGACGGGUCACCGAGCUGGCGCAGCGCACGGAGGCGGCGCUGGCCGACGGCCUGCAGCGCGUGGACGGCCGGCUGGCGGAGACCGGCGAGCAGCUGGCCCAGCUGGGCGGCGAGCUGCGCGAGGAGCGCCAGGCGCGGCUGAGCUCCACCACCCCGCCGCCCACCGUCGACCCGCACCAGGCCUUCCUCAAUAGCCUCUACCGCAGUCUCAGCAAACGGACCAAAGCCGACCGGUACCCUGCGCCGACGCCGUCCCCAUGAGAGGGUCGGCGCGGGCGGCAGGGUCCGGUGACGGUACGGCACUGCGCAAUUACCUGUCACAGUAACGCGCGCAGUGAUGGACACUAGAAGCCAUCGGAUGCUGGAUCCUGAGUUUAUAUAAAGGCGCUAUUUUGGCGGGUCAUCAUAGCUACUGGUGAUAGAAUAAUGCCGUUAUCGUUAAAGGCGUUUAAUGUGCUCCAUGCAUACGAGACAUGUGGAAAUGGCUCACCUAUAUUUUCUUUGACAAUAAACGCUUUGUCUUUGCGA